AAGGAAAAAUGGGGCCUCUUUUUGCGUCUUCAAAUUAGCCAUGGAUAAUACAAUAAAAAGUGCAACGUCUUCGAGUGCAACUCUUCUGGUAUUGCAUAUUGGUCUGCGGCAAUUGCAAUUGAACAAAUUGAACGCAAGGGUGUUGAAGGAAACAUGUCUUUGGUGGACCAGGCGAGGAGCACACCGGCGCAGUUGGACAGUCCAACUGAAAAAAAAAUCAGGAUGGAAGCAAAAAGCCCAGCGAGCGCUUAUGAAUCUCUUUCACCCACAAACCUUGAAUCGCAACCAUGACAGAUCAGGACCACCAUUCAGACCUUUUUCAUUCCUCAGUAAAUCGCCAGGUGGACGGAAACGAUGUCGACAGUAGCGGCAACAGCAGUGGAGGCGACGAUAUCUGGGACGAUGGGGAUAAUGUUUCGUACGAUCGUGCGAUCGCAGAACGAGAGUGGUCUCGACUUCACGAUACCUUUGGCAAUACGGGCUACAGGGAGGGUAUUGAAGAAGGGAAAGAGGGCACGCUGCAACAGGGUUUCAACCAGGGCUGGUCAGAGGGCACUCAGUACGGCCAUGAGUUGGGGAGAUUUCGAGGCUUGAUCAGCUCACUGUUAGAAUACGUCCAAUCCUCGCCAUCUUCAUCAACAUUGGCAUCCGCAAACCAAAGCCCACUAGUCAGCUUGAAAGACAAAGAUGUAUGGGUCGAGAAAGCGACGGCGUUGGUCAAGGAGCUGGUCGAACUGGACAUCUCCAAUGUCUUUGAUAAGGCCUUUUUCGACGACGGAUACAAACCCUCUUCGUCGACAUCCAAAUCCAACAAAGCCGAUUCGAACAUUGACGGAACAUUGUCCGGCAUUGAUUCGGGAUGCUGCGGGGGUGCUUCCUCAACAUCAUCUGGAAGCAGGGACUCGUGUUGCCAAAACAGGACCGCUGUCUCGUCGACGGCAGACAAGGACACCUCUACAUCAGACGCUCAAGCACAGGCAUCAACAGAAGUAGGAUGUUGUGGAUCAAAGCAGGGCGGCGGACUUUGUGUCUCAAAGGAGCAUGGGUCCAUGGACAAAGAAAAGAAUGGUUCCAGCGGAGGAAAAGAGUGUUCUUCACAGCCAGAGCAAGUGAUCGACAUGUACCGCUCCAGAAUCCAUGAUCUACUCAAGGAGGUCAACAUGGAAUCACUCCUCGAAGGUGCCUAAAUAGCAUCCACUUAUCAUCAUAUACAUAAUACGACGCGCUGCAUAUUACAAUAUAGUGAGUGAU